ACGAGAUGCGGAAGUCCGCCUGAACUCACUUUAUCAGCUCAAACAAAAGCAACAAGUUGAAGUUGAACUUCGCAGCUCGGAACUUUCUUUUUCUGCCAACUGGAAGACGCUUAAACGCUCCACCAUGACGGAUGUAUACUCCCCUACGACGGCCCCCAACCCCAAAUCCUCGUGGUUCACCGUCCCGUCAGACACGCUGGACAAGCUCCGCUGUGGGGUCAAAGUCGUGGAAGUGCUGCUGUCCUUCGUGGCCUUCGUCCUGGAGGAGGUGGUGAACAGCUGCGUCAGCUGCUCGGCUCUCUACUUCUUUGAGUUUGUGAGCUGCACGGCCUUCCUCUUCACCCUGCUGCUCCUCAUCCUCCUCUCCACCACGCUGCAGAAACGAGUGGGCAUCACGUGCUGGCCCCGCCUGGACUUUGUGUACACGGCUGUCAUCGCUCUGCUGUUCCUCAUCUCCUGCAUCGUGUUCACUUCAGACAACAGCAACACGACCGUGGAGAAGUGUGCCGUGGUGUUCGGCUUCUUGGCGACUGCGACGUUCAUCGUGGACCUGGUCCUGUUUGUGAAGCAGAGCGGCUUUCCCUUUAAGAAAGACGGUACGCCAGAGUCCAGUAACGGAGGCCCGGCCAUGGCCGAGGCUCAGCCCGAGAGGGAGAGACUCAACACGGCCGACCAAUAACUCUGUUUCUGUGUUCACAGGUCAGAUUAUUUUAUUCCUUAAAGGGUAACUUUGGGGGGUUUCAACCUG